AUGUCGCAACAACAACAAAAUCAAGAGAAUACCUCCUCAAUUAAAGACAAUGCUGCCUACUACGCCGGUGCUGCGAAAGAAUUUGCUGGUAAAACGGUAGGAAGCGAUCAACUUUCAAAAGAGGGUGAGAAACAAAAAUUAGAAGCCCAACAACAAAUGGAAUCCAAAAAACUUGAGCAACGGACCGAAGGAAAAGCCGAAGGUAUGAAAGAUCGCGUUUCCGGUGGUAUCCAAGAGACUGCUGGUACAGUGAUGGGCGAUGAGAACUUGAAAAAUAAAGGUGCUACAGAACGUAGCAAAGGUCAAGCUCAAACUGAAGAGCACAAGUAA